UUGUACAGAGGCGGCCUCACCGCGAUUCCGGUUACUGCGCGCCGCGGGCCGCCCGGACUAGAGCCUCCCCGGACCCGGAGAAUGUGGACCCUGAGGUCCCACACCCCGCUCCUGCUGCUCUCGGGGGCCCUGGUCCUGUCCAAGACUUGGGCGGGUCCGCACUUCCUCAGGUACUUCUACACCGCCGUGUCCCGGCCCGGCCUCGGGGAGCCCCGCUUCAUCGCCGUCGGCUACGUGGACGACACGCAGUUCGUGCGGUUCGACAGCGACGCCGCGAGCCCGAGGAUGGAGCCGCGGGCGCCGUGGAUGCAGCAGCCGUGGGUGGAGCAGGAGGACCCGGAGUAUUGGGACGUAGAGACGGGGAACAUCAAGGAAACCGCACAGGCUUUCCGCGCGAACCUGAGGAACCUGCGCGGCUACUACAACCAGAGCGAGGACGGGUCUCACACCUUCCAGUGGAUGUAUGGCUGCGAAAUGGGGUCAGAUGGGAGCUUCCUCCGCGGCUAUGACCAGUUUGCUUACGACGGCGCCGACUACAUCACCCUGAACGAGGACCUGCGCUCCUGGACCGCGGCCAGCGAGGCGGCUCAGCUCUCCCGGCGCAGAUACGAGGCUGUGGAUGAGGCGGAGGUGCAGAGGAACUACCUGGAGAGGGUGUGCAUGGAGUGGCUCCGCCGAUACCUGGAGAAAGGAAGGGCCAUUCUGCAGCGCGCAGAUCCUCCAAAGGCACAUGUGACCCGCCACCCCGUCUCUGCCCAGGAGGUCACCCUGAGGUGCUGGGCGCUGGGCUUCUACCCUGCGGAGAUCAGCCUGACCUGGCAGCGUGACGGGGAGGACCAGACCCAGGACAUGGAGCUGGUUGAGACCAGGCCGGCGGGGGACGGCACCUUCCAGAAGUGGGCGGCCGUGGGGGUGCCCCCUGGAGAGGAGCAGAGAUACACGUGCCAUGUGCAGCACGAGGGGCUGCCCGAGCCCCUGACCCUGAGAUGGGAGCCGCCUUCUCAGACCUUCAUCUUCAUCAUCAUGAGCAUUGCUGGGGGCCUGGUUCUGCUGGGAGCUGUGGCUGCAGCUGUGAUGUGGGAGAGGAGGCACUCAGGUGGAAAAGGAGGGAGCUACGCUCAGACUGCCAGAGGUGACAGUUUCUGGGGCUCUGAUGUGCUUCUCAAGGCUUCUAAAGCGCGAGGCAUGUGCCUGUGGGGACUGAGUGAUGGAAGAUUUGCUCAGGCCCCACUUCCUGCCUCAAGAACCUCUGCUUAGCCCUGGCCGGUUUGGCUCAGCGGAGAGAGUGUCGGUCUGCAGACUGAAAGGUCCCAGGUUCGAUUCCAGUCAAGGGCAUGUACCUGGGUUGCGGGCACAUCCCCAGUUGGAGGCCGCUGAUUCAUGUUUCUCUCUAUUCUCCCUUCCUCUCUUUAAAAAAUCAAUAAAGUAUAUUAAAAAAAAAAAAAGAA